GAAAGUUUCAAAUAUUUUCAUCUUUUAAUUGUCAUUUUUUUCACUUUACAAUUUGGGUGUGUUUUUUAUUUUAUUUUCUAAUUUAAUUUUGAUAAUCUCCACAAUCAGUGAGUCUUUUUUUUUCUACAAACCCUCCGUUGUACAUUUCUCGGUGUUCUAUUUGCGAUAAUCUUUCAUGAUGAUGGACGAAAUGACCAACAAAGAGGGUAUCAAAGUUACUCUUUCUGAUGCCAUGGCCAAUGUUGAAGUAUUGGAUGAAAUUGAGCUGCCGGAUGAGCAACAUUGUAUUCAGGGGCAAGCAAAGUCAAUUGUUCACCAUUUUAACUUGGAUACAAAUUUUGAGGAUAAAAAUGCUUUUGUCUGUGGUGUUGCCAAGUACCUUGAGGAAGCCAACUACCAAUCUAAAUUGAAUCAAAUGCUAGAAGAAGGUGAAAAACAUGCAGUUAUGUUAUAUACUUGGAGAUGUUGUUCUCGGGCGAUUCCACAGCCAAAAGAUAAAGAUCAACCUAAUCGAUUGGAAAUGAUUGAGAAAACUGUUGAGGUUCUUGGUCCAGAGGUUGAUAAAUUGUUGGCUUUCAUGUAUUUCCAAGAAGCUGCUAUCAAACGUUUCUGCUCUGAAAUCAAGCGUCUUUGUUUAUCUCCAAACAAUAAUCAAGGAUCUGGUGGAGGAGAUUCAAGCUCUAGCAAACGGAAACAUGACACUUUUGUAUCUGAGACUUACCUUUUAACUUUGGGAAAAUUUUUGAAUAUGUUAGCUGUUCUUGAUGAGUUGAAAAAUAUCAAAGCCUCGGUGAAAAAUGACUAUGCUGCAUAUCGACGAGCCUCACAAUCUCUUAAACAAUUAUCUGACUCACAUUCUCUCCAAGAGAGUCAAAAGUUAUCACUUUUUUUAGCAAUGAGGAAUAAAAUUCGUGACUCAUUGAAAGAACAGUUAGAACAAAUUUCUGGCUACGAAGAGCUUCUUGCCGAUGUUAUAAAUCUAUGUACACACAUGUACGAAAGUAAAAUGUAUAUGCUUCCAUGGGAAAAGCAUAUGCUAGUCAAGGUUAUCGGUUUUGGACUUUUCCUUCUUGAUUCUAAAGACUCUAAGAACUGUAAUAUCAAUAAACUGGACACAAAACGACGAAUCAACUUAAGUCGUAUUGAUAAGAUAUUUAAAUCCCUUGAAAUGGUUCCACUAUUUGGAGACAUGCAAAUAUCACCAAUUCUUACUUAUAUCAACAAAACUCCCAAUUACGAUCCAACUAAAUGGCCAUUAGCCUCUAAUUCACAAACACCUUCAACACAGGCUGAUAUACUUCAACAUUUACCUACAAUCAGGGAAGAUUAUGUUUCUUACAUAUCUGAACUUUCUCGUUAUUCCAAUGAAGUGACCACAACGGUGAAAGAAGCACCAAGAUCUGAUGCAGAAAACAAGCAACUUCUUUGUCUUGCACUUCGAGGUCUCCAAUUAUUAUCCGAAUGGACUUCCCAUAUCAUGGAGCUUUAUUCGUGGAAACUAAUGAAUCCAACUGAUCAUCAUCAGAAUAAAGAUUGUCCCGUUGAAGCCGAAGAGUAUGAAAGAGUAACUCGAUAUAAUUAUAAUGAAGAUGAGAAAGCUGCACUAAUUGAUAUGAUCGCCAUGGUUAAAGGAUUACAAGUUCUCAUGCACAGAAUGGAAACUGUGUUUACCGAUGCAAUAGGUUAUUCAAUUUACGCUGAAUUACAAGACUUUGUCCAGAAAACACUUCGAGAACCACUUAGAAAAGCAAUCAAAAAUCGUAAAGAUCUAGUUCGAACUCUUUUAUCAUCUGUUCGAGAUACUUGUGCCGAUUGGGCUAAAGGGUUUGAAGAUCCAUUAACUAAAGGAAACAAAUUAUCUUCUAGUUCAAUGAGCGAGGUUGACAUGCAAGUUCCUCGACGAAAUGUUGGUCCAGGAAGUACACAGCUUUAUAUGGUACGGACGAUGUUGGAAAGUCUCAUCUCCGAUAAAGCGGCCAGUGGAAAACGAACCUUGCGAAAAGAUAUCGACGGAAAUUACCUUUUAGCCAUCGAUCAGUUUCACAAGAACAGUUUCUUCUGGAACUAUUUGCUCAAUUUUAGCCAAACUUUAAGGGAAUGUUGUGAUUUAUCACAACUUUGGUACAGAGAAUUUUAUCUUGAAAUGACCAUGGGCAAAAGAAUUCAGUUUCCCAUUGAAAUGUCUCUUCCCUGGAUUCUGACUGAUCAAAUAUUGAAGACUAAAGAUCCUUCCAUGAUGGAAUGUGUUCUCUAUCCCCUAGAUCUUUACAAUGACGCUGCUCACUGUGCUUUGUACAAAUUCAGCAAACAAUAUCUUUAUGAUGAAGUUGAAGCGGAAGUGAAUCUUUGUUUCGAUCAGUUUGUCUACAAAUUAUCGGAGCAAAUUUUUGCUUAUUAUAAGCAUCUUGCUGGUUCCAUUUUAUUGGAUAAAAGAUUCCGAUCUGAAGCUCAGAUUCACGGAAUAAAAUUUGCUUGGCCUCAAGCAAAUCGAUAUGAAACUUUAAUGAGACAACGACAUCUUCAACUUUUAGGUCGAACCAUUGACCUUAAUCGUCUAAUUGCUCAACGUCUCAAUGCCCACAUGUUGAAAAGUUUAGAAUAUGCUAUUCGUCGAUUUGAAUCCGGUGACAUUUCUGGUAUCAUUGAAUUAGAAGGAUUAAUGUCCGUUAAUCGUCAUACACACAAACUUUUGUCGAAACACGUCGAGUUGGACAGUUUUGAUUCCAUUUUCAAAGAAGCAAAUCACAAUGUCUCCGCUCCCUAUGGAAGUAUAACUCUUCAUGUUUUCCUUGAUCUGUAUUACAAUUUUCUUCCCACCUAUUGUUACAAUUCAUCAACUAAUCGAUUUGUUCGAGUCCCUUCUAAAGCACCCAAUCUCGCCCCUCACAUGGACUAUCAUCGUGAUCGGGCAGCUUUAAUCCCGAUGCAACAACCUCCGUACUAUUUUUAUGGUACUAAGGCUCUAAAUGUGGCCUAUGCCAGUAUCUUUAAUCAGUAUUCAGGGUUUAUCGGUGCUCCUCAUUUUCGAGCCAUGUGUCGUGUCCUAGGCUACCAGGGAAUCGCUGUAAUCAUUGAGGAGCUACUUCGUAUCAUGAAAACGGGAAUCCAAGGAACCAUUGCUCAAUAUGUGGAAACACUGAUGAAAGCGAUGCCAAAAUUGUGUAAAUUGCCAUUAUAUGAAUACGGUUCAAGUGGAGUGUUGGAAUUUUAUCAAGCUCAACUUCGUGACAUAAUUCAAUAUCCUGAUGUAAAAACAGAGCUUUUCCAAUGUUUCCGGGAGAUCGGUAAUGCGGUCAUCUUUUGUCUCCUCAUCGAACACAGUUUAUCACAAGAGGAAGUCUGUGACCUCGUUCAAGCCGCGCCCUUUCAGAACUGUUUUCCACGACCCUAUUGUAAAGACCAAGAGAAACCAGAGACUAAAAUAAAAAGACUGGAAGCCAAAUACGCACCACUUCAAGUAGUUGCCAAUAUUGAUCGUUUUGGAUCAAACAAACAAGGUCAAAUUGCCCGAGAAGGUGACCUGUUAACUAAAGAAAGAUUAAUUUGUGGCCUCUCGAUAUUUGAAGCUGUUCUAGGCCGAAUUCGGGAUAUCAUGGUAGAAAACGAGGAACAAGCCGCUCGAUGGAUCGGACCAACCGAUGGUCCACCUCCGAAUGGAGUCAUUUAUGUUGACGAGUGUAUUGAAUUCCACCGUCUAUGGUCAGCGCUUCAAUUUGUCUAUUCGAUCCCAGUGGGAGACGGCGAAUGGACAGUUGAACAAUUAUUCGGCGAAGGACUUAAUUGGGCGGGAUGUGUCAUGAUUACCCUUUUAGGUCAACAAAGGCGAUUCGAAACUCUUGAUUUCAGUUAUCAUUUACUCAAAGUACAAAGAGUCGAUGGUAAAGAUCAAAUUGUUCGAGGGAUUCCACUUAAACGGAUGGUCGAUCGAAUCAGGAGAUUCCAAGUUCUAAAUUCACAAAUUUUUUCCAUUUUAAACAAAUAUUUAUCAUCGCCAUCAAGUGAAGGCAACACAAUUGAACAUGUUAAAUGUUUCCAACCACCAAUUCAUCCAGCUCAUGCAUCAAAUCAAGGUGGUCCAAUCUAUAUGAGAGCUGCAAUCCUAUUACAACAACAUCGAGGUGCUGUCAAUGAAGACACUGUUAAUUAAUCAACUAAUCAACUCUUUUAAUUAUAUAAUUUUUAUUGCUAACAUUUUUUUCCUCAGAAAAAAUUGUAUCAUUUAUCUUUAAUUCAUCCCCUCAGAGUGUUUAGACUUCUUAUAUAUUCCAAUCAACACCUAGAACAAUUAACUUAUUCCCAAAGUCAUCUAUUGAUUUAUAUAAAGUCUUUUUUACGUUACGAGAAAAAAGCAACCAAAUCAACUUAAUUGUUUGAUCAGAGAAUCAUUUUUUCGUGAUAAACGUAAAUGAUUAAAUAUUUUUAGUUAUUUAUUAAUCGUCAUUUACAUUAUCAAAACAAAAGAAAUUAAUUCAUAAUGAUUAUUCUGGUUAAUCAACUUAUCAUCUGGAUCAUUUGAAUAAAUUCAAUUACAGUUUCCAUCUAUAUUUUUUAUCGUGAUUAGAUAUUGCAGUUGAUUAGUGAUAACAACAAGUUAAUUAAUCCAGUUAUGAUUUUCUAGUCUCUUUCAAUCUGGAUUUUGGUUUAUGUUACACUUUGGGUUAGAGUUUCAAAAGUUGAUUUAAAAUCUUAAUUUAGUUAACUCAAAUUGGCAAAUAAAAUCAUAUUUCUCGGUGUAAGUUCAACUAAAUGAUUAAGAAAUUUAAUCUAACCAACGAAAUUAAAUUUUGAUUUAAUCUUGUAAUUAUGUAAAAUACAAGAUGUUGUUGGUUCAUUAAAAAACUUGAUCAAAUUGUUUCUCACCUCAUAAGGUAAUGAAUUCCAGUCUAGUUUAAGAUCACAAUUAGUGAUUAAAGGUAAAUUAUUUUCUAGUGUAACUGUAACCAGAUAAACAUGGCCACGUUUAAAUUGAUUGUUAUUUGAUUGAUUACCUGUGAAUAUAAUGAUACCUUUUUGUAAAGCUUUUUUAAGAUUAUUUGUUGAUUUGAAUACCCUAAUUAACUGAAUUGAAUAAUAAAGGCCACCAUUAAUUUUAAUCAAA